AUGAAUGGAAGCGUGAAAACGUGGUCGGAAAAACUGGGCUUCGAGCUGCAGCAGCUCGGCAAGUACGUCACGCAGAUCGACAAGUUCCACGAGAACUACAAAGACGUGGAAAUAAAGCUGAUAGUCGGCAAGAGCCUGGUCGAGACGAUAGCCAGCCACAUCGAGGUGAUGAUGAGGUCGAAGGUGGACGCGAUCCAGCGCAUAAUGGAUGUGGCCGAGUCCUCGGCCCUCGCGUCCUCGCUGAUCGAGAGCGAGCGCGAGCAGCCCAUUGACGAGAGCUACACGUACAAGGACGCGAAGAACUACUCGCAAGUGACGACGAGCUACAGCGAGCACUUUGGCGGCGACGUCAAUCUCAAUUACUCGGCGGUCCACGUGCCCACUACAGUCUACGGCCGAGCCAAGGAGACCCUACGGGCCAUCAGGUGGUCCGAGGAGCUCGACAACACCUUCAAGUACAACUACAAACAGGACCCGUCCCUCUCCUGGCAGUACUUUGGCAGCUCGACCGGUUUCAUGCGGCACUACCCGGCCCUGCACUGGAAGCCCAACGGCAGCAAUCCCCACGACCCGGAUCUCUUCGACUGCCGGACACGGAGCUGGUACAUCGAGGCUGCCAACAGUCCCAAAGACGUUCUCAUCCUCGUCGACACUUCGGGCAGCAUGACCGGCAUGCGCAAGGAGAUUGCCCGGCACGUCGUCAACAACAUACUCGACACCCUCGGCAACAACGACUACGUCAACAUCGUCAAGUUUUCCAACAUCACCGAGCAGGCGGUGCCUUGUUUCGAGGACAGCCUGGUCCAGGCCAACCUGGCUAACAUCCGGGAGCUGAAGAUCGGUAUAGCGGAGAUGAACACCGAGAGGAUAGCCAACUUCUCGAUGAUCCUCACGUACGCGUUCGAGCUGCUCCAGGAGUUCAGGGAGACGCGCCGGGGUGCUUGUUGUAACCAGGCCAUCAUGCUCGUCACGGACGGGGUGCCGGACAAUUACAAGGAGAUCUUUCAGCGCUUCAAUUGGGCCGACAGUCCAGAGAACCCGGACAGGGCGGACAUGCCGGUGCGGAUAUUCACGUAUCUCAUCGGCAGGGAGGUCGCCGACGUCAGGGACUCGAGGUGGAUGGCCUGCGCUAAUCGCGGCUACUUUGUCCACCUGUCGACCCUCGCCGAGGUCAGGGAACAGGUCUUGAAUUACAUAUCGGUGAUGGCUCGGCCCCUGGUGCUCAACCUGACGACCCACCCGACAGUGUGGACGCCGGUUUACGCGGACAUUGCCGAUCCGAAGAUCACAGACUGGCUCUGGGACAAGAAGGAGCGCAACGACCAGAAGGAGCGCUACUGGAUCUACCGCAGGAACAAGAAGCUCAGGAACCUGCCCAAGGAGCUCGAGCAGUACGUCAAGAGGACCAAGAAGAAUCCCAACCUCGCCGGUGACAUGUACAAGUACCGGCUCAUGACGUCGGUCAGUAUGCCGGUCUUCGAUCGGCGCGAGAACGCGAACAUCACAGAAUGGGUGCUGAUCAAAAACGCCUACUGGGUUACAGAGACGAGAGAGGUUGGCAGACAAAAAGCAAAUGCUAACGCAACAAGUUGAUUUCGAUUCCAUAAAUACAUACGUAUAUGUAUACAUAGAGCUCCCCAGUAUUUUGUUCUUUUUUUGCCCUUUCAUAUACGUUAUUAUCAUAUACACUGUAUAGCUAUAUCUUAUACAUAAACACACUUAGCUUCGCACUUAUUACUCUUUUACUUGCUUCGAAUUUUCAUCGAUUAUAUUAUCUGCUGCCGCUUCUUCUUUUUCUACUUUUAUCAUUAGGCGAAAUUCGAAGGGAGAACGAAAGAUUCGAGUGCGAAGAACAUAAUAUACUAUAUAUUUAUAGGCGUAGUUACAAUUUAUACACUAGGCCCA